CAGCCUGCAGUAUGCACUUUGACCGCAUGGCGGCAGCACAUGUAAACACAUGGGUCGCUUACACAACGCAUCAUGGAUGUUACCAAACGCUGAGGGUGAGUUCGGUAACAUGCUGCUGCUCCUCCACACAACCCCGCUGCCUCUCUGACGCUGAUGUGUUGACGUUGCAAAGUGAACCACACGGUGCGUAAAGGUCCCUGACGACGUCUGUCCUUGUCUCAUGCAGGAAGUCACUGUUACGUCACAUAAACAACAAUGAAGUCAGUCUCCUGCCUCUCCUCGUCAGUGAGAGCUGCGUGUCAUCACACCUCGGCGUGCUCCUUACUGAGUCCCUCUCUGGUUCGUCACAGUUCAGGGGGAAGAUGCGCCAAUGUGCCCGGCAGAGGUGUAGUGGUGCAACAACCUCGCGUAACGGCGGUGCGUCCUUAUCACAGCAUGUACGUGAACUUAGCGGUCGCGAGUGCAGCCCCUGUCCCCACCCCAGUGCCUCUGCCGGCGAGAGGAGACGACGUGCACCAGGUUGUAAGACGCACGCCCCCUGCAGCCGCUCCUCACCUGUCUCCAUACAGACCCCACAUCAAACAACAGGGCAGUGCUGCAGCAGGAGUCAGCAUCCAGUCUCUGUUUGAAGGGGAUGUGAUCCCCGAGCUGUGCUCCAGACUGGCAGACUCCCCCAGCAAGGACAGGGCAGAGGGACUGGCCACUUUACUUGGAUCAUGUGCUGAGUUUGGCUUGGGAGCCCAGAGCCCUGUCGUCCAGCGGCUGAUACAAGAGUGCCUGCGUCUCCUCUGCAACGGGGACAUCGGGGUGGCACAGCUCUGCCACCUGGGCGAGGUGGCCCACAACCUGGAGGGCCGCCAGUCAGCGGUGGUGACAGAGGUCCUGAACUCCAUAGGUGCGGCUGUAGAAGAGGAUGCUGUGUCUCCUGAUGAGGCCGUCAGGGUCUACUCCCUCCUGGCUCUGUGCUACGACCCUGCCAGCCAGCGGCAGACGUCCAUGCUGUCCACUUUGCACAGACACACACAGAGGCUGGUGCACCGACUGAAAGCCAGUCAAGUCAGUGAAGUCCUGCAGUCCCUGCUGAAGUUACAGCAGAGACAGAACAUUUCCCUGGUGCUGAGGCUGAUUCACAGGGCAUCGCAGCUCUUCAGUGUUUUCAGCGACGAUGAAAUAAUGAAGGUUCUCUCUGCCCUGAUGAUCCUGGGACAGCAUCAUGCAGAGCUCCUGGCUGCUAUGGAGAAACACCUGCCAGGGAGGCUGGGAGAGUGCGAUCCAGAGCUGAUCAGUACCGUCAUGGAGUAUUGUCUACAAAUGAGGUGCCGCUCCGAGCCGAUCUUUGAGGCUGUGGCUGAGAACUUUGUGCGUCAUGCCGAGAGACACACAACUCUUCAGAUAGCCAAGCAGACGGUCGCCAUGGGGAGACUCAACUACCUGCCUCAGUGUUCCAGUCAGAUGUUCCAGAAGCUUGAGAGCAUUCUAUCAACAAGGUUUUCCCAGUUCCAGCCUCGCUCGCUGAUAGAGGUGCUGCACGCCUGCAUCCACCUGGAACGCUUCCCACUCAACUACACAUCCAUAGUCUUCAGUCCCUACUUCCUGCAGAGGCUGCAAGCACAGGGGGACCCACUGGACAGGAAGGCACUGGCACAACUGACACAGCUCCAUCUCUCCACCUCAUUAGAGUGUAAACACUACUGGGGUCCCAAACUGCCCUCCUUCCUCCAUGUGAAGAGGUUCUCCUCUGUGGACCAGGCCUUUGAGACACCGAUGGACAGUCUCAUGUACAAACUCGUCAGAGGGCCACUCAGACGGCUGCUGGGGGGGAAGUUCUACUCAACCACAAUCGUAACUCCAAGUGGAUACACUAUAGAUGUGGAGAUAUGCCUGGAUGAGGACGGGUAUGUUCUGCCUCUUCCUCAGUGGGAUCGCACUGACAGGAGGAUGGCUCUGUGUUUAGACGGUAAAGGCCGUUUCUGCAGCAACACACAGCACCUGCUGGGGAAGGAAGCCACAAAGAGGAGACACCUCCGCAGGAUGGGCUAUGAGGUGGUGCAGAUCCCUCACUUUGAACUGGAGAAGCUGAGAACUCAGAAGGAGCAGAUCCAAUAUCUACAAAACAAGAUCUUUCCCACUAUUUUCAAGUUCAACCGCUGAUGUCAGUCACCUCACAAGCUCAGUGCAGCUUCAACCAGAGCUUCUUCACUGACUUUAAAUGGUUGAUGUGUAACUGUACCAAUCAACCAGCCUUGCACAGAACGGGACAGAAACAUCAAGAAGAUACAAGUUUUAGCGUGAAAUGGCUUCAACUCAUUGGAUUUAAAAGCCCAAUAACCCAGAUAUAAUGUAACUGAGUGAUCUAUUUUUUAUUUCUUCCCAUGUGCCCUUAGUUUUUGUCAUUUUAUGAAACAAGCUGCCUUAUUUUGAGCAUCAAAGUAAAAAGAGUCUACAAGGUAUCUUGUAUCAAAGCUGUCUUACUGAGUGAAAGCAGAGGCUGGAUAUGUGUCAUUUUCCUCAAUCAAAAGACUUUAAAUAAAGAUGAAGAUGAAUAAAAUCCUAACCCAGCUCUUAACAGUGUGAGCAGCUGGAAAACUACCUCCCUGAGCAUAUGAGUGACUGUACAUCUUUGAUUUGCACCUUAUGACUGAGUGUAGCAUUCAUGUUAUGAGUAAUGCUUCCUGACCUAACCACCAAUUCAAGGAGCAAAAUCUUUGACAAAUAAUUCUUGAUUAUUUAUGUUCUGCUAUGACUUAAUUAUGUUGUUCAAUGGACGUAUUGUGUAAAUAUUGUGAAACAUUGUUGUUGCUUCUAUAUUUUUCUUGGCCCUGUUGUACUGUUUGCACCUGUUUUUGUUGGGGCAAAAAAAACGAGUAUGAAAUGAUUAAACUCAAAAUGAGACGUACAUGAGAUGUACAAAUCUGUGA